UCUGUUUUAGGUGGUAGUAAAAUAAAAAAAAAAUUUAAACAGAUAACAAAUGUGAAGCGUGGUGUUUUUAGUGGUAGCAAAUGUGAAAAUUUCCUUGAAAAGAAGAGGCCUGAAAUCCAUUUCUAACCCUAAUAAUACUCUUUAUUUCCACUCCGUGACCGUUACUAAUUUGAUACUACUCCGACGUGUCCGUUAAUCUUUCUCCUCCAUUGAAGCACAUACUCUUCUCCAUUGAAGCCGCUUCUGAGCUUUCCCCACUCAUCGAAGCAACUUCUGAGAUCCGAUGGAAGCAAAGUAUUUCCGAAUUCUGAGGCUAUUAGGAACAGGAUACAAAGCCAGAGCUGAAGCAGAAGGUCGCUUGUUGUGCCUUAAACUGGGUUACAGUCAUGAAGUUGAGUUGCCAGUUCCACCCACUGUUCGUGUCUUCUGCUUUAAACCUGAUGUAAUCUGUUGUGCUGGUAUUGACAAGGCAAGAACGCAUCAGUUUGCUGCUGCUGUUCGUAGUGUCAAACCCCCUGACUCGUACAAAGAAAAAGGUAUGCGUUACAAGGACGAAGUCAUAAAGUUGAAGCCUGGAAAGAAGGAUAGAUUGAAGUAAAGAGGUUUGAUUUUUGUAUUAGCAGUGGCAGAAUGUGCAUCGGCUCAUUGCUAAGUAUUAAAGUUUGUAGUUCGAAUUUUGUAUUCUGUUAAGAGUAUAAAACUGUUAAUGAUUUACAAGCAUUUUUCAGGAUAGCAAAUUAUUUAUGUUGAAUCUCUGUGAGAUGAACUUGAAUAAUGUCCCUUGAAUUUCAUGUUGCAUUUUUACAGCUGAUAUAAAAAAUCCUGUACAAGAUAAGAGGCCAUACUAAGAUGUUGAUAGGGACUUGCUCUUAGGUCGUGCUCUAUGUUUUGCAGACAGAACUGUUAAAUUAAUUGGAUUGGAUAAAUCAAUAUCGGAUCUGAUGCA